AUGCAUGAAGAGAUUUACAGCGAAGGUGAGUUCACACUUGACCCAUAUAUGGUUAAAGCUCUGAAUCAAGAUGAUGUGGACCAAUUCCAGAACUUGUUUAUCUCCAUCUCAAAUGUAAACAGUCGGCUAUCGCCCAUCCACAUUUAUGAUCCUCUGCUAAGAUCACGACCUCCAAUCCUCUCGGUUUGCAUUUACGCCGGUGCUCGUAACAUUGUACACUUUUUAUUGAUGAAUGGAGCCGAUAUCCAACUUUAUGAUUCAAAAGGUAGGCUUCCUUUACAUUUUGCAGCAUGCAGUGGUAAUACAGAUCUUGUUGUUGAUUUGUUACAAUUCGGGUGUGACAUGAAUUCAACAGAUUUUUAUCAAAGAAAUGUACUUCACUAUGCCGCAGAGUUUGGAUGCUAUGAGACAGUGAUUUUAAUGUUUACGUAUGGUUUCGACCUUACUUCAAGGCAUUAUCGUGGAUGGACACCUCUUCAUUUUUCAGCUUGGAACAACUCAAUUGGAAUUGCUAAAUUUUUACUUGAAAAUGGAACAGAUCCUGAAGUUGAAUCCACAAAUAACGAAACUCCUCUUCAAUUCGCUUUAUAUAAUAAGUUUAAUCGUUUUGCAAAAUUACUACUAAAGUAUGGAGCAAAACCAGAAGGGAGACCAGAAACUCACCAUGCAAAGCCUCUUAUUUGGUGUGUAAAAUCAGAUAAUGUCGAAGGCAUUCAACUUUUAAUGAAAUAUAAAAUUAAUCUAGAAAUCACUAACGAAUUUAACGAAACUGCUCUUGAAGUUGCAUUAAGAUCUAAUAGACUCAAAGCAGCUGAAUAUCUUAUUGACCAUGGAGCAAAAAUCACCAAUAAUGCUAAAGAAUCAACAAUGAUGAGUCCAGCAGCCCGCAAUCUCGUCAAAUCUAAAUUACGCUCACAUUAA